CGUCUGCUGACUCAGUAGUUUGUAGUGCUGACGUCUGCAAAAAAAACUCCCUAGCCUCCGCCCUCCCUGCUAAAGCUUGUCCGACAGCUUGUCCUGCUACACUCGUAUAUAACAGGGAUCAUGGAUCAGGUAGCAGACGUGGACAUAGAGUCUGACGGCGUGUACAAGUACAUCUUGAUCAAAGUGUCAGACAAGAAGAGCAGCGCCUCCAAGAUGGUGGUCCGCGGGUACUCGUGGGCCGACUACCACGCUGACAUUCUGGACCGUGUGUCUCCCAAGUUCCACAGACUCGGUCUUACCUAUGAAUGUCUUGGGGGAGGGAGGAUUGACCAUAAUAGCAGGGACAAACUCAUCAAGAUAUACGGCUACUCUGUAGUAAGUUGACUUGAAGACAGAGUCCUAUUUCUCUCCACCCUGGGACUGUACUGUGUUUCUGUCACUGCAGGGUUUUGGCCAGGCAGAUCACAAGCUGACAAGAGAAAUUCUCAGCAAACACUAUCCAGACUGUGAAAUCACGUGUAGUAACGCUGGAUACUAACUAAACUCUUUUUGUAUAUACCAUUUCCUUGUCCAAUGAUGUGGGACU